AUGUUGAUAGCCCCAGUUGUUGAACUUGAAAAAAGAACUAAUGAUAAAACUACAGUUACAGUUAUAGUUAUAGAUACCAAAAUUACUGGAAUUACAUCUACUACCACAACCAUAGAUAUUACUGAGACAAUGCACCUAACUAACACAGUUUGUACAACUUUUACUACUUCUAAGACUAAGGUCACUACC